AUGGGUAGUUCAGAGAGAGUCCCGUGCGAUUUCUGCGGCGAGCGAACGGCGGUUCUGUUCUGUAGAGCCGAUACGGCCAAGCUCUGUUUAUCCUGCGACCAGCACGUGCACACGGCGAAUCUCCUCUCCAGGAAGCACGUGCGAUCCCAGAUCUGCGAUAAUUGCGGCAACGAGCCAGUCUCCGUACAGUGCUUCACCGACAACCUCGUCUUGUGUCAGGAAUGCGACUGGGAUGUGCACGGGAGCUGCUCCGCAUCCGACGCUCAUGUCCGCUCCGCCGUGGAAGGAUUCUCCGGCUGUCCAUCGGCUCUUGAGCUUGCUGCUUUAUGGGGAGUCGAUCUGGAAGGGAGGAAAGAAGAGAACCAAGUGCCGUUGACGAUGAUGGACAAUUUUGGGAUUCAGCUAGAUUCGUGGGUUUCUGGAUCUAACGUUUUACAGGAACUGGUCGUGCCCGUCCCCAAAGAGACGACCUUUAAGAAGCGUAGCUCUAGCUGUGGGAGGUAUAAGCUGGUGUUGUGUAAGCAGCUCGAGGAGCUGCUCAGGAGCGGUGUCGUUGGUUGUGGCGACGAUGAUGGUGACGGUGACGGAGACUGUGACCGUGACGGCGAUUGCGAUGGAGAGGUAGAAAGAGGAGGAGGAGAGGGGAUUAUGGUUCCGGAGAUGCCGGAGAGAUUGGAAUGGACAAGAGAUGUGGAGGAGAGCAACGGCGAAGCAGGAGGUACCCAUCAGCCUCCAACGACGUCGUUUACAUCUUUGCUGUGGAGUGCUGCUAAUCCUAGUGGUGGCCAAAGUACUCAGAUAUGGGAUUUUAACUUGGGACAGUCAAGGAUACCCGAGGAAACUAGCCGAGCGGAAGCUGCGUAUGUAACAAAAGAUGCUGCUUCAUUCACUAUCAACAACUUUGUUGACCUCAUGAAUGAUACUUGUUCCACUAAACCGAAAGUUGUUAAAGAGAUUUGCCAGGGUGACUACAAUCGAUCUACUUCAGGCCAGGUACCAGCAACAUCUGAGAGUAACAAUCUCCCAAUCACCUUUGGCGGCUCCGAGAAAGGUUCAAACUCCUCCAAUGAGUUACAUUUCACUGAACAAAUUGCUGGAACUAGUUGUAAGUCCACCAGACUAGUGGCAACCAAGGCUGAUCUGGAGCGACUGGCUCAGAACAGAGGCAAUGCAAUGCAGCGUUACAAGGAAAAAAAGAAAACACGGAGAUAUGAUAAGACCAUAAGGUAUGAAUCGAGGAAAGCAAGAGCUGAUACAAGAUUGCGUGUCAAAGGCAGAUUUGUGAAAGCUAGUGAAGCUUCCUAUCCUUGAAGUCCCUUCACAUUAGGUCCUCUAUUAGCUACGAAGUUAGGAACUUUUUUUUUUCUACUUCCUCUGCCUCGAAAAUGUACAUAGAUCGGUCUCGUUCGAUUUGGCCACUCUUUUCUUUUUGUUUGUCUUAUAUGGCCCUGUUAUGUACCGCUCCUUGGAAGCUUGUCUAGUUGGAAAAAGGAUUGUUUGUUAAACUUGUAUAAGCAAUACUCUGUUUGACUGUUUCCUGGUCAAUUUAUAGCGAUUUGAAUAUUCACAAGCUAUAUCUAUGCCUUUGGCUAAUGAAUUAAGUCUUU